AUGAUGAAUUAUAUAUGUGGUAUAACAUCAACAAAAAGAAAUUUGUCUCGUACGACAAAUUCACAAUUAAGUUUAUUAAAAAAAAAUUAUGAUCGUUAUAGAUUUUACAUACAUUUUCAAUUAAAUGAACAAUUAAAAUGUUUGGAACAACGUAUUGAAACACAAUUAUCAAUACUUAGUGAAAUUCAAGAAUAUUUUCGUCGUCGUGCUGAUGUUGAAUUUGAUUAUGCAAAAAAUUUAGAUAAUUUACAUAAACAAAUUAAUCAAAAACAUCGUGCACAAAAAGCAAGACGAGAAACUUGGUUUUUUCAAUCGAUUUAUAAUCUUUGGGAAACUAUGGUUCAAGAUACUCGUAGUCAUGUUAAAUAUCAUACAAUUAUGUCGGAUAUUUGUGGAAAAUAUAUGCAUGAUAAAUUUAAUGAAAUAGCUGACGAUACACGACGAAUGUUUAUGAAAUGUAAAUCAGUUGGUUUAGCUAGUCAUGAAGAUAUAUAUAAAGUUCUUAAUGAAUUAAAAAGUACAAUGAAAACUUAUCAUCAAUAUCAAAGUGAAAGUAAACAAGCUGAACAAAAAUUACGCAAUAUUCUACAACAAAUAGCUAAAAUUAAAAAUGCAAAAAAACAAAAAGCUAUGGAAAAACGUGUUGAAAAAAGACAAAUGAAAUAUACUGAAACAAAAGUAAAAGCAUUUAAAGCACGUAAUGAUUAUAUAAUGACAAUUGAAUCUGUGAAUGCUGCAUUACAAAAAUAUUGUUCUGAUGAUGUACCUGAUUUAAUUGAUUGUAUGAAUUUUGGUUUUCAUACAUCAAUAGCAAAAUGUAUUCAAAUGUAUUUAUCAGCACAAGAUAAUAUUAAACGUGGUCGACAAAUGACAAUUGAAACAUUAAAUCGAGCAAUUGGAGAUUUAGAUACAGUUAUUGAUAAACAAAAAUAUUUAGAAUCUUAUUCAUCAAUAUUUACAAUACCGAAAAAAAUUAAAUUUGAACCACAUAAAGGUGAUGAAGUAGCAACUGUUAAUGCUCAAGUAUUAAUACGCGAUGAUAUGCAAUCACGUUUUAAACAAAUGCAAAAUCGACUUGCUUCAUUAAAAACUGAACAUGAUGAGAUUUUUAAAACAAUUGAAGCUACUGAACAAUCACUUAUGGAAUAUAUCAAUACAAAAAAUUCUGAUGUUUCCGAUCUAUUUAAAGAUCUUAAUUUACCACAAAAUACUUCAAAAAAUACACGAAUAGAAAUCGAAGAUUAUUAUGUUGAGAAAUUUAAACAAUAUACAUUAAGCAGUAAUUUAAUCUCACGCUUACAAGCACGUCAUGAUAUUAUGCAAAAAGCAUUAGGUGCUACACCACCAAUUGGUGCUGUUGAAGAUAAAAAAUAA